CACCUCUUGGGGCCAGGCCGGAAGAGUGACCUUGCCGCCUACUUCCCUCAGUCGCGGCAGCACAAGCUCAGCUAUGGCGGCUCCAGAAGGCGGCGGUCUCGGUGAGAACACCCGGCUGGACCGGGAGACGGCCCAGUGGCUGCGCUGGGACAAGAAUUUCUUAACUUUGGAGGCAGUGAAACGACUAAUAGCAGAAGGUAAUAAAGAAGAACUAGGAAAAUGUUUUGGGGCCCGAAUGGAGUUUGGGACAGCUGGCCUUCGAGCUGCUAUGGGACCUGGAAUUUCUCGUAUGAAUGACUUGACCAUCAUCCAGACUACACAGGGAUUUUGCAGAUACCUGGAAAAACAGUUCAGUGACUUAAAGCAGAAAGGCAUCGUGAUCAGCUUUGACGCCCGAGCCCAUCCAUCCAGUGGGGGUAGCAGCAGAAGGUUUGCCCGACUUGCUGCAACCACAUUUAUCAGUCAGGGGAUUCCUGUGUACCUCUUUUCUGAUAUAACGCCAACCCCCUUUGUGCCCUUCACAGUAUCACGCUUGAAACUUUGUGCUGGAAUCAUGAUAACUGCAUCUCACAAUCCAAAGCAGGAUAAUGGUUAUAAGGUCUAUUGGGAUAAUGGAGCUCAGAUCAUCUCUCCUCAUGAUAAAGGGAUUUCUCAAGCUAUUGAAGAAAACCUAGAACCAUGGCCUCAAGCUUGGGACGACUGUUUAAUUGAUAGCAGUCCACUUCUUCACAAUCCGAGUGCUUCCAUCAAUAAUGACUACUUUGAAGACCUUAAAAAGUACUGUUUCCACAGGAGCGUGAACAGGGAGACGAAGGUGAAGUUUGUGCACACCUCUGUCCAUGGGGUGGGUCAUAACUUUGUGCAGUCAGCUUUCAAGGCUUUUGACCUUGUUCCUCCUGAGGCUGUUCCUGAACAGAAAGAUCCGGAUCCUGAGUUUCCAACGGUGAAAUACCCGAAUCCCGAAGAGGGGAAAGGUGUCUUGACUUUAUCUUUUGCUUUGGCUGACAAAACCAAGGCCAGAAUUGUUUUAGCAAAUGACCCAGAUGCUGAUAGACUUGCUGUGGCAGAAAAGCAAGACAGUGGUGAAUGGAGGGUGUUUUCAGGCAAUGAGUUGGGGGCCCUCUUGGGCUGGUGGCUUUUUACAUCUUGGAAAGAGAAGAACCAGGAUCGCAGUGCUCUCAAAGACACGUACAUGUUGUCCAGCACCGUCUCCUCUAAAAUCUUGCGGGCCAUUGCCUUAAAGGAAGGUUUUCAUUUUGAGGAAACAUUGACUGGCUUUAAGUGGAUGGGAAACAGAGCCAAACAGCUAAUAGACCAGGGGAAAACGGUCUUAUUUGCAUUUGAAGAAGCUAUUGGAUACAUGUGCUGUCCUUUUGUUCUGGACAAAGAUGGAGUCAGUGCCGCUGUCAUAAGUGCAGAGUUGGCUAGCUUUCUAGCAACCAAGAAUUUGUCUUUGUCUCAGCAACUGAAGGCCAUUUAUGUGGAGUAUGGCUACCAUAUUACUAAAGCUUCCUAUUUUAUCUGCCAUGAUCAAGACACCAUUAAGAAAUUGUUUGAAAACCUCAGAAACUACGAUGGAAAAAAUAAUUAUCCAAAAGCUUGUGGCAAAUUUGAAAUUUCUGCCAUUAGGGACCUUACAACUGGCUAUGAUGAUAGCCAGCCUGAUAAGAAAGCUGUUCUUCCCACUAGUAAAAGCAGCCAAAUGAUCACCUUCACCUUUGCUAAUGGAGGCGUGGCCACUAUGCGCACCAGUGGGACAGAGCCCAAAAUCAAGUAUUAUGCAGAGCUGUGUGCCCCACCUGGAAACAGUGAUCCUGAGCAAUUGAAGAAGGAACUGAAUGAACUGGUCAGUGCUAUUGAAGAACAUUUUUUCCAGCCACAGAAGUACAAUCUGCAGCCAAAAGCAGACUAAAAUAGUCCAGUCUUCGGUAUACUUGCAUUUGCCUACAAUUAAGCUGAGUUUAACUUGUUAAGCAAUAUUUUUAAGGGCCAAAUGAUUCAAAAUGUUAUAGGUAUUUAUGUGUUUUACAAAGACCUACAUUCCUCAUUGUUUCAUGUUUGACCUUCAAGGUGAAAAAAGAAAAGAUGGCCAAACCCAACAAACUAACAUUCCUACUAAAAA